UGUACCGUGCCUGCCGUGCCCAAGAAAAACUCCCCGAGUUACUUAGCUUUGAAUUAAAUUUUCUAGUAGAAAAACCGGAAAUUAAUCAAAUAAUUUUACAUUAAAAUAAUAUUGAAACCGUCAGAAAAGUUCUCAAUAGUGUAAUUUCUAAGCAGGAGUGUUUUUUACGGUCUAUUUCACAUUGGAAAAAAUCCUACCAAACAUUUUUUCUAUACUCUGUCUCCAGUCAUCUUUUUGCGUGAGUGACAAAGGAAUAUAUAUGUGAUCUCUUUUCUUCUAAAACAAAAAGUCGUAAAUAAAAUAAAACCUAAAAUAAGGUGACAAAAAGUGACAGCUCAGUUUUGGAGGUUAUGUUUUGUGACCACUAUCACUAUCAGUUCCACUUUUCGUCAUCCAAACCACAUACUUUUUAUCUACAAAGGAAAUAAACUUAAAAAAUCGUCCUUUUAACUUAUAAAAAUCCAAUCAAAUAUAGUUUAACAUACAAAAGCGUUAGCGUAGACUUGAACGAGGAUCUAUAAACGCAAAUCCACGCACCACCAACAUUAUCCCAGUAGCAAAUUCCAGAAAGCGUAUUCCAAAAGAAAUUUCAAAAUGAUUAUAAAUCUUAAAGUGAAGACUCUGGACUCCCAAACACACGAAUUCAGCAUUGACAAUGAGAUAACAAUAAGACAAUUUAAGGAUAAAAUUGCUGAGAAGACAAACAUUGCCGCCGAGCAGCAACGAAUAAUUUAUUGUGGACGAGUAUUGGCCGAUGAUAAACAAGUCAAGGAAUAUGAUGUCGAUGGAAAAGUGGUGCAUGUGGCCGAAAGGCCUCCACCAUCCACCCGGACUACAACAAACACGACCAGCGGAGUUGGAAUCAGACGUUCAGAAUCUCGGGGAAUGCGAAAUUCCCCACUUUUCCGAGCUUUGGAUGGCAUGGUGGUUGGUGCAAUGGCGAUUCCGAUGAAUGCUGGAGUUCAAAAUCCGCAAACAACAAUCAAUCCGUUAACAUCUUCCUCCUCGUCUUUCUGCAUGAACAGAAUAACUGUUGCCAGGCAUAUGCUCAAUUGUGCUAAUAACAUCGCAGCUUACUUGGAAGAUCCAGAAAGGGGUCUCAAUAAUACAUCACUUGACAUUUUGGCUCAAGGUCGUUGGACUAUGGAGUCAACCGUAGUCGAAGUUGGCAUCACGGACAUUCAACAAAAUCAAACUCAAAACAUCGUCGAAGCUCUGCAAGGUGCUGUUUCCGCAGCCCUACGUCAAAACGGCAAUGCUAAUCUUACAGUUGUCCAAUUACCCAAUGUAUUUAAUCCAAGUGGUUCUGAGACGCCUGAGGCUGAUGCUGAAACUUCAAGUAUGACGGGUGGAGAUUCAGGUGUUGUUACUGUUGAACCAAUGGAUGAAACUCCUUCCGAGGAUAAUACAAAUGCUGAAGUCGAGGAAAAUGCACCUGAACUGAGUACUGGUGAACCCAAUGCGCAGAGAGAUGAGAGUGGUCCUGCUGCUGCAGCAUCCACAACAAACGCCACUGGUCAGAGUCCAAGUCGUCAACGGACCGGAACACAUGUGUUAGCUCAAGUUAUUCAACAAAUGCGAACAGUUCAGGCGCGUUUGAAUCCCUUCAUUGAUCAGUAUUAUGAGUUGCUGCAAAACGAACCGACAUUUGAAGAAAAUGACAAUACUGGUCGUGAGAAUACUCAAAGGCUCUUCGAUCGAGUUUCGGAGGCUUUCCACUAUCUGUCACAUGCUCAGCAUGCUAUUUCGGACUUAAUGUUGGAUGUAUCACGACCAGCACCACGUUACUUGUGUUGUCGUCCAAUUUUGGUCGAACAAAGUGGUUAUGUCAGCUCCAAUAACUACACGACCUAUAAUCCAUCGGGCAAUGGGCCAAUCACUAUUCAAACUGGAUCAUCAACUCCAAGGCAACAAACACCUGCUUCGGCUAGUUCUACCCCUGCUACUACUGCUUCUGCAUCUGCUCCUGGUAAUGCGACAGCGAACGCUACGGCUACCGCCUCAACGUCGGCAGCUGCUGAAGAUUCACCAGAUAAUGGCAAUACUGUGAGUGCAGAAGGAGCUACUGCUACCCCACCAUCCACACCUGCUAAUGCUCCAAAUGGUGGGCAAGCUGCCAAUGCAUCUUCGCCUCUUCAAGGCUUAUCAGCUAAUCAUCAACUCCAAGUUGCACGACUUAUUCAAGCUGUUGUCAAUUCAGCCCCAAUUGAUGCGGAUUUCCAUGUUCAAAUAAAUGCACCGAGUAUUCUCUCGAUAGGUGUACCAUUGAAUGCAAAUAUGCGUCCUUCAGCAACGCAAGCUUCUUCAACAGCUCCAAACACUACGCAAACAUCGACAACUUCGCAGUCAACGGAAACUUCUUCAACCGAAGCAACAGCAGCAACAACAAAUGCGGCAGCAUCUAGCACCGCUACCACAUCAGAUUCAAAUUCAAAUUCAACUGGUUUAAAUCAAGCUCGUGUCGAUACAACCACACAUCCAACAACAGCGACUCAAACACGCUCUACAGCUCGUCCACAAGUUCAAGUUGCAAAUAUUCCAUCGGCUUGGAAUAGUCGCGUGAUACCAGCGAAUAUGUUAUCAUCGUUUGACAGAUUUUUACCUUGCAAUAGUCAUCACAUUCGCGAUCCUGAGGCACGUGAAAAUGGCACCAACAACAACAAUAAUAGUGUAACUCAACCUUUUGCGCCACCACGUGUGCAAACUCGUAUUCUACGUCGUGUCCGACGUCCAAAUUCGACUUCAUCGCCUGGCAAUUUAGAUGGAAUUGCCUCAUCUACCGCAUCAACUCGCUCUCCGUCUCCUUCGGUGCGUAGUAGUAGCAGCAGCAGAGCGUCCGUUUCCCCUAGUGCUGGGCAAACAAAUUUCACACGCAAUUCCCUGCGAAGCCAACUCAAUUCUUUUAUCGCUUCGACAAUGUUUGAUGGUUCACCAGUAUCCGAAGUUGGCAUGUCGGCAGCUGUUGAGAGAGCAAUCCAAUAUCUAAACGAAAUUCUGAUAUUUUUGCCUCAGUACGAUAUGCAAGAAUACAAUUCGAGGGCUUCGGUUGAGAAAUUAGUUCGUGUGAGUGUGCCCCUGAUUAUUAAUCUUAUCAACGAUUCCUCGGACAUCAAUGACUUUGAAUCCCGCUUGCGUUCGGAGUUCAGAUUGUUGUUUGAUCGUUUGUUUGUUAUUUUAUUCGUUUGUGUGGGACAAAUAAAUGCGGAACUUUACUGGGGACAAAUUAAAAAUGUCGUUUUGCUUGCAAUUCGUAAACGCUUUAAAGGUGAAGCAUUGACAUUUUUGAGUAUUCAGAUAAAAGACCGAAACUCUGAUACUGUCACUGCACCCUUGCUGGAAGAUGUUAAACGGUUUUUAGUCUCGAGAGAUGCAAAUAAUAAGACAACUUCAAAUAAUGAAGUAACACCUAUGGAUACAGAUUCUGCUUCGGGUUCAUCUUCAUCAAGUAGCCACUUUGAGAUGUCUACUCCACCACCUCAGCCCGAAGAAGAAGUCCAACCAGUGAUUGUUGGAAAUCACACAUGGCACAGAAGCUUCCCAGCAGCCUGGCUCCCAGUUAUAACAAGAGAUAUUACCCUACACCCACGAGAGAAUGCACCACAGCCACCAUUUUCAGAUGCAUACAUUUCGGGAAUGUCUGCUAAAAGGCGAAAGCUUAUCCAAAGUACGAAACCACCACAUGAUGUCAAAUCCUUGCUUGCAGAGAGUGUUCGACGUGCAAUCCAAACGACUGGUCUUCAAAAUCCAUCCUCAUCGAAUCCUACCCAAAGUGUCGAUGAAAUUUCCAAUGCAAUUGCCACAGACACAACAGUGCAAGCUUCAUUCUGUGAAACUCUUCGUUCCGGUGUUAAAGAACGCCUCAAAACCGACACUGAUUUUAAAGAAGAUAAAUUUCCACAUACAUCGAAAUAUUUUAACAAACAAAACUAAUAAUCAAUUCGCGCACUCAAACAAAAAUCAAUCAUUCAAACAAAAUCAAAUUAAACAAAAAUAUAUAUACACAAUUUAGUAGAAAAAAAAACACAAACUGCUAAUCACAAAAGGUGUAAUGAUUCCGGACUUCUUUAGCAGCUUCUAUAGGAAGAACGGAAGAGAAGAACUAUCAUUUCGGGUUUACUUUAAUUUUUGAUUUUUUUUUAGCUUGUCAAACAUUUGGAAUUUUGUAUAAUUAUUUUUAAACAUCUUUCCUGUGUUUUAGUUGUUAUUUUCGCAAUUUUAAUAUUUUUAAUUUAAAUUAUUUGUGAAAACAUAAUUUGUUAUUAUAAUAUCUAAAUACAAUAUAAUAAAAAUGUAUACAUCUUAAAUUAAGUUAAAUUUGUAAAUUGGUUUGGUUUCAAAAACGAAAACAGAAAACAGAAAAUUAUUCCUCGGAAAGCAGAUAAAUACACAACUUUUUAUACAACAUAGUUUAUUAUAUCUUUUUAAAAAACAAUUGUGUAUUAUUAAUUUUGGUAUAGUUUGUUUUAUUCUUUUUUUUAAGUAGAUUUUGUUUGCGUUUAUUUUUGUAACUUUAGCUGUAUUAACAAUUAUUUUUCUUAAAUAUUAAUUAUUGUUAUUUAAUAGGAUUUAAUUAAUAUUUUUCUCUGUGGAUGACUGAAAAUAAGCUUCUGUUGAACGUGAAUACAGUUUAAUGAUGACAAAAAUAAAAAAAAAAGAAAACCAAUACAUUAAACAUUAUUUAACAACAAUUUUGUGUAAUACGUAAUAGUAAACACUUAAAACUUUUACUAAAUAAAGUUAUAAAAAAAGUAGAUAAAAAACAA